UGCGUGAGCGCAUGUACUCCAAAAAACGCGGGAAGCGUAACAGAGCGAAGUCUGGGCUCGAUUAUCUCUCAGUAUCAUGAAUGGAGACGCGAUUGCCGCGGAGACCAACAGUGCCGACGUCAAGGAACAGACCCAUGAUGAAUACCAGUAUCUCAACCUCUUAAGGGAUGUCUUGAAAAAUGGAAAGCGAAAAAACGACAGGACUGGUACAGGGACGUUGUCGGUGUUUGGCAGACAGUGCAGAUAUUCUCUCGCAGAUGGCACAAUGCCGCUGCUCACCACCAAACGAGUAUUCUGGCGUGGAGUGGUCGAGGAGUUGCUCUGGUUUCUAAGAGGGUCCACAGAUGCCAACGAACUUGCGAGGAAUGGGGUGCACAUUUGGGAUGGCAACGGGUCUAGGCAGUUCUUGGACAGCCUCGGCUUCACUCAGCGAGAGGAAGGUGACCUUGGCCCAGUAUAUGGAUUUCAGUGGAGGCAUUUUGGUGCUCCAUACAGAGACAUGAGAACUGACUAUGGAACAGAAGGUGUAGACCAGAUUUCAAAUCUCAUCAACACCAUCAAAAAUAAUCCGGAUGACCGCAGGAUGAUUCUUUGUUCGUGGAACCCAGCAGAUUUGAGCAAAAUGGCACUGCCUCCUUGCCAUUGCCUAGCGCAGUUCUAUGUCAGUGACGAUGAGCUCUCUUGUCAACUCUACCAGCGUUCAGCCGAUGUGGGCUUGGGCGUGCCAUUCAACAUAGCCAGCUAUGCCCUGUUGACGCACAUGAUGGCCAAGGUUACUGGCAAGCGGGCUAGCGAGUUUGUGCACACGUUCGGUGACACACACAUCUAUCUCAACCACGUCGAUGCUCUAAAGAAACAGCUCGAACGGGAACCACGACCUUUUCCGAAACUUGUAAUCAAGCGUGACGUGAAUGACAUCUUUGACUUCAAGUCUUCCGAUUUUGAACUCUGCGAUUACAACCCCCACCCACCUAUCAAGAUGGAAAUGUCGGUGUAGAAUUUACACUGUCAGCUCUGAUUUUUGCAAAGAUGUUUUCUCACUUUAUAUUGACAUGGGGAAAGCUUUUUUUUUUAAUCUGUUAACAUUGUUAGUUUCUUUGUGAUACACAGCUGCAGUCUGUGGACUCCACUUAUAACUUGCACGAGAUGGAUGUGUGUAUUUUAACAAAACGUUGUACACCAAAGACUGCCCAUUAGUUGGCCAUUUUCUAUUAGCAUCACUGGGGUAUGUGGAUCUCAGCAAGAAAAACGGUCAAAAACUGAAGUGAGAGAGAAAAGGCACUGCUGUUUCAAUCGGAAUUAACAUCUUCAGUAAACUUAUCUAUGGCAGUAUUGUUGAACAUGGAGACAUAUAUACAGGACAUUGAUUUCAUUUGUGCUAUAUCUACAGGUACAUCUUCAACAACACUUUUUUCUGUUGGCAGUAACAGGCAAAUCAGUCAUCUUGCGUUUGUUUUUUCUUGCAUUUCCAGUUUUGUUAUUAGUGUACAUAAUUAUCAUAUCGGUAAAUAGCAAACGUCAGGUAUUCUGCUGCAUCAGAAUUGAGGGUCAGCGUUUUAAUACCAUUUUGUGUUUUUUUUUUUGCCAUGCCUUCAUACUACGGCAGACUGUGGUUCAUUCAAUUUCGACGAGCCAGAAAUUGAGGACUGCUAUGCACGUUUAAAAAAGAGCAGGAAAAUUAAAAAAUCAUUCAGCUUUUUCAUAUGAUAAAAAAAAAUGUAUUCACACAAUUCGAUAGCGGCUCCAGGUAUACCACAUAUGCAGUUUUUGUGUGUAUGAAGCAUCUAGCAACGUGAACCAAAACAUAAUGCACUUGGAGCAUAACAAAAAAUGCAAUAUGCUUCCUCCAACCAGGCCCUAGUCAGUCAGCAGGCCUCGCUAGACUAGCUCUUCUGCCAGCCUGUAAUGGCAUCAUGACUAGCACUUCGUGCACGCGUACAAGUUUCUUUAACCCUACAUUCACGCAAAAUACAUAAAAGGAGCCCGUAUAUACAUGCAUGGGCUAAUGAGCAAAAAGACAUUAGGCACUUCUAAUCUUAACAAGAAGAACUUGUGAUUCGCCAAGGUAACCUUCCCAGGCAGCUUUUCACAGCUACCUACCACAGCAUGUUGUCUUCCACGUGUAUUACUGAAUUUAGUAGACUGCUCGUCUUGAAGUACAUGGCUAUCAAAGCUAAUGAAGACAGUGGCCUUGCAAAAACACUGUUUCCACGUCACCCGCAUAUUCGUAGAGGGUACAUAAAGGUUAUUCGCCCUUUUCAAAAGUAAAUGUGCCUACCUCCCACUUUUGAAUCUCUAUUUGCAUUUAUAAUCUAAACGAAUGCCUCCUGUGCUACUUUUGCAAACCUCUGGCACACUGAAAACAUGACGGCCAUGUCGAUGCUGGCUUUGCAUGUAAAACGACUUCUAAUAUGUUUGUUUACACAAUGAGAGUUGUACGUUGUGGUUGAGCUAAAGAAAUUUUAUUGGCACUUUUUUAUGACAUCUUUAAACACUCAAAUUACAUGAUUGGUGCUGCGAACACGGUGUUUGGUUUCGUAUCAUACGUAAUGCGCAGGCAAUUAUGGAGUCCGUUUCUUGAAGUGCAUGUUAAAAGAAGGUAAAUGUGGCGUUUGUCAUGGAGCACUAUUUUCGUUUUAAAACGCUGCCAUGGGCAGGCUGCAGAUAACCACUUUCAGCUGUGGCUUGUGUGUGUUUUACAAUUUCACAAGAGUUUUAGCACACCACGACAGCUGUGCUUUAGUUAGCUUCACUGCAACAUUGAAGUGUAGUGUGGUGAAGUGAGAAGUUCCCUUUUACGCAGUGAAGCGUACUACUCGAAGCCUUUUACAUAUCGAAUUACCAAUAUGUCCACCUGUUUUUCGUAUUCACCUCACAUUCGAUAUAGUACUUAAGUUUGACUGUACUGUUGGACUGGUCGUGGUAUAGACACAGGACUAGUAGCCAUUCAAUUUUUUUAAUAGUCUUUAAAUGGCACCUUGGAAAAUCACUCGCGCUCCUGCUAUUGUCAGCUGUUAGAUGAAGCCUACUACUUUUCUUCACAGUACGUAGGUUGAAGGCACCAACAAAAGGACACAGCAUGGUUGCUGAAGUUUCCACAGAGGUCUUCAGUGCAAUGCCAAUGCAAAGGGUAAUGGCUGUUCUUAAUUGUUAUCUCCUAUGAUGUGCCUUAUUUUCAGUCAGCAGUUCUUUUUCCCCAUUUUAACGUUCAUGCGCACUUUCUGCAUCCACUUGUAUUCUAAAUAAGAACCUUCUCAUGGAGGUUGCUCGAUAUCUAUAGCAUAUGUAACUGUUUCUUAUGCUACCCAUAAUCUUGUGACUAUAUUUAAUAAACCAGCAUCUACAGUAUUCAUUCUUUUCAUGAAUCGUUUGCAUUUAUGUAAUCUAGUUGUAUUUAUUUUGUACUGUAUCUCUAAAAUGUGUUCAUGUUCAACUCAAGGUGCCAUGACAGUGCCAAGUGUUCGGGGGCGACGAUUGUUACAUUUGUGGGUGUGACUGUUACUAUGUGUACUUGUUGUGCUGUUCAGAAUUGGAACUAAUGAAAAAAAUAAAGCAUAGUGGGCUUAAG